AUGCCCUCCCAACUAGGCUGGAUUUGGCCCAAAGAUCCACGCCCCGGCAACCCACAACACUGGCCACGCCGCUGGCGCCUCUUUGAUGUCUUAACAAGCAAAGGGCCUGACAUAUACGUAGGCCGAAUCGACCAGCCCACAUCCAAGACCAGAAGGUCAUCCUCUCAACCCCGGUCCGGAUCCACAAGACAAGAAUGGUCCCGAUGGGAGGGCAACCCUAACGACCCUGACUCAAACUACAGUCCACUCCCUUGGGCGCGGCGGCCUGCCGGCGAACGCUAUGAUUUCCGCACGAGGAAAUACCACGCCCCGGACCAUGGGACGUGGAGUGCUGUUGAGUAUUGCAAUGGGAGAAGGGCUCGGAGGGGGGAAUGGACCGGCAAGGAGGAGGUGCACUGUGUGCCGAUGCGAUAUUGGGAUAGGAAUGGGGUUGAGUAUCCGGCGGAAUUUUGGCAUGAUAGUAUUUAUGGGAAGCAUGGAGAUUGA